UCACCCAGCAUGGCUCCAGCAGCGAUGGCAGGCCCGGCCAGCGUGGGCAGCAUGAUGGAGAGAUUAUUUGCCCAACGCCUUGCCGACAACGAGAAGAAAGUUAGAGACAAAACACUAAAGAAACUAAAGAAAUAUUUAUCAGUGAGGUCGAGUUCUGGACGUGGUUUUUCUGAUGAUGAUGCACUGAAGAUAUGGAAGGGCCUCUUCUACUGUAUGUACAUGGCAGACAAACCUCUCGUCCAGGAGGAAUUGGCCGAAGACAUAAGCAGCUUCUUCCACGUCUUCAACAACGAGAAGGACUGUCUGUGUUUCAUUAAAGCGUCUUUUGUCACGUUUACUCGUGAAUGGAAUGGAAUUGACAUUUUCCGUAUUGAUAAAUUUUUGAUGUUUAUACGGAAGGUGCUGCGGCAAGUGUUCGUUUAUUUACGCGAUCGGAAAUGGUCUCUAAUUGCCGUGACCUUCUUCGUCAGAGUUCUGGAGACGACUAUGAUCUGCCCCGACGAUGAGAUCAAUGAGACUCCCAUGGGACUGAAGCUUCAUCUGUGUGACAUCAUUCUGGAGGAGCUGGCAAAGAUCGGCGGAGAGAAGCUGGAGCACCGGAUUAUCCUCAUAUUCUUACAGCCAUAUUUCAAGGUCUUGGCCUUGUCCAAACAGAAAGUAUAUUUGAAUCGCGUCACCGAGGGAAUCAUUCAUCAUCUGAUGCGCCAAAGCAUCGUGGGAGUUAAACACGACGAGGGUCUGGAUGAUGGAGAGGCAGACAUGGAGGUUGAUGAUGGGAGUGAGGAGGAAGAGGAGGAUGUCGUUCUGGACCCAAGGGCAGGACAUGUGGACGCUUAUAUACCUCAACUCAAGCCUGAUUUUAAUUUAUUAGCUGAUGCACUUCAGAGCGUAGGAGCCGUAGCAAAAGUGCGUAAGGUGAAUCGUCAACGAAUCUACAGACUAGCAAGUCAACUCCGGGAUGUGGGACAAGGGUUUUAUCCCCUGGCUGUCCCAACGGAAUUUGUAGAUGACAACGUCGAAGUUCCUGAUAGUGAAGUGGAGAAGGCAAUGGAGAGGCUGCAGAAAUUUCAGGAAAACUUGGGGAAAUCUAAUCAAGUGGAAGAUGAUGAGGAAGACAUAGACCUGAGAAUCACCAAGAAGAGUUACUCUAAAAAGAAAAAGUUAUCUAAGAAAAAGAAAUUACUGGCUGCCAAGAAAGCUGAGAAACGGGGGAGAAAACGUCUCUCAAGAAAGGAGAGGAAGGUUUUGGAUAAGCGUGAGAGAGGAUUGGCCCUAAAGAGGAAACAAGCUGUAGAAGACAAACUGAAACUUGUGGCAAAAGCAGCUGGUAUACCUAAGAAUGUCAUCACCGCCAGUAGUCCAGCCACUGUAGAAAAAAUAUCAAAAGGGGGAGUUGUGCAGGGUUUUGCAGUGUCUCCCGUAACCCAGAAGGCUAAACAACCAAGUGCCACAUCCUCGGUUGAAGAAAAUGGCUUCGAGGUAGAAUCCACAAAAUCGUUACAUCCUGGAAAGAAAAGAAAGAACACAGAAAUAAUAACUAAACCCUUCAAGAAAAAAAAAUCUUCAUUCACCGUCACUGAUUUCAAAUCGCCAUCCAGAGUCAGAACCGGUGGUGAAAAAUCCUCGAUAGACAAGGGAACAAAUGAGGCCUUAUUAAAAACAGAAGCUAGAAAAUUCAAUGCAGGACAGACAAAGAAACAUUCAGAUAAUAAAUUCUCACAAGGUGAAGAGAAGAAGUGUAGUACAGGGAUGAGCAAUGACAACGCUUCCAAGAACAUGAAUUUAGGCCAGAACACGUCAUCUAAAGAAGGCGGCAUAUCUACGAACCCCAAAGCUAGUGAGAAAUCUGCUAGUGAACUUUCAGAAAGUGUCGGUAAAAAUACUGUGCCUGCAAUACCCUGUGCUACUAAUGGCGAAUCACCUCUUUUUCUUAGCAGUGACAAAACAGUGACUGAAAGAAUAGCAACACCUGGUAAGAAUAAGACAGUGACUCAAACAUUAGGAACACCUGGUAAGAAUAAGAAGAUUGUGACUCAAACAUUAGUAACACCUGGUAAGAAUAAGACAGGAACUCAAACAUUAGCAACACCUGGUAAGAAUAAGAAGACAGUGACUCAAACACCUGGUGAGAAUAAGACAGUGACUCAAAUUUUAACAACACCUGGUAAGAAUAAGAAGACAGUGACUCAAACACCUGGUAAGAAUAAGACAGUGACUCAAACACCUGGUGAGAAUAAGACAGUGACUCAAACAUUAACAACACCUGGUAAGAAUAACAAGACAGUGACUCAAACACCUGGUGAGAAUAAGACAGUGACUCAGAUUUUAACAACACGUGGUAAGAAUAAGAAGACAGUGACUCCAACACCUGGUGAGAAUAAGACAGUGACUCAAAUUUUAACAACACGUGGUAAGAAUAAGAAGACAGUGACUCAAACACCUGGUGAGAAUAAGACAGUGACUCAAACAUUAACAACACCUGGUAAGACUAAGAAGACGGUGACUCAAACAUCAACACCUGAUAUGGACGUCAAAGCCACAGCACCCAACAACGCGUCGUCGCCCGAAAGUAACUCGACGGGUGACACAAGUCUAGUGCUUAAUUUUUCAGACACCAACCAACAGAAAGGAUUUGAAGACGAUACAAAAUCCAGCCAGAAAUCUCCUUGGGAUGAACCCUUGCAGGACGGAGAAUUUGAAAUCUUCGUCAGGAGCAAGAGACAGAUGAAGAGGGAUAAACACGAGAAACUCCAAAAGGCCAAAAAGAAAUUGUCCAAAAAAGGUUGUGAGAAGGCGCGCACAAUAAGCAUUAAUCUGAGGGAGAAUAAAGAACACGAUUAUAGUGAUUAUGCGCGUACCCUGAAAGCCAGUCCGAGCAUUCCUUUUAAUGCCAGCUUACAGCCAAAGGCCCCGGUACUUAAGCCAUCUCCAUCCCCAAUCUUAGUGAGGAAGCCCCUACUAAAGAAGAUAAAGUCAAUGGCAUCAUCUGCAUCCCCAAAGUUUAGACGAGGCAAGAGGCCAAUAGCAAUGGACUUUUUCUAAUUCAUGAUCAUUAGUACUAACUUUGUCCCAGGCCAAACAAGAUCACCACCAUUACCAGCAUAAACCCCUGGCUUGUGGGGAGUUGUGUUUACUUCCACAGAUUGUGUAGGUAUGGUAGGUAUAGAGACAUCACUUAUAAUUUGUCACUUUUAUGUUUAGGUAUCAAGGCAUCAUUUAUGUCAUCUUGCAUCAAGUGUAUAGUGUUAUUGAGAUUCACAGGAACUGAAAAAUGGUAUUCAUCCUGGAGUCCAAAAUAAUUUAAUAACCUUCAUUUUAAAAAAAAAAAAAAUGACAUAUGAUUGUCGAUCCUCAUUCUUAUUUCAUUCCCCCUUUUUUUUUUUUCCUCUAAAUCUGGCCACCUUCCUAGUGUCACAACCCCAGGAUACAGUACCACACUUUUGUAGGUCCUGGAGGUAAAGUCGCCUGCACUUUAUACCUGGUACAAUGGCUGGUGCAUUUUGUGAGAUGUGGCAACUCUGUAUUUGUUUACAUGGUAUUAAAACUCCAGGAACGUCGCAAUAGUAGCCAUACUAAUGAUGUUAUAUAAGCAUUCCACAGCGUUGCCACAUAUAAUACAGUAAUAUGCACCAACCACUUUACCAGGUAUAAGUGUGGGUGACUGUACAUAUGUCGUUGAAUGAAAAUUUCCGUCAUAACGUAGAAAAUCUCAAUUAUACGUCAUCAUACAGUAUUGUAUCUUUGCAUAUGCACAGUACUGACAUUAUUAUUUUAAUAACUGAUGUAUUGUACCUAUAUACUUACAUAAUUUUAACUUGACAUUCAUCUUUCAGUCCUAGGUUUAAGCUUCAUAUAGGGCAUUGUACUUGCAUCCGAGGCGUUUACAAUAGCAAGAACGUAUCGCCAGGUUUCUCAUUUUCCCAUGUCAGUCCACAGCUCCAACAUUCCUCUAUCAGAUGGCAGGCAAUGUGGAUACGCUUCCAACAUGGUGCAGUCAAUUCCCGUAACAACUCAAGGGGCAGAAAUCAUGCAGUAUAGCCUAAAAAUUGAGCCAAGUUGAGAUAUUCAGACAUAUGCUCUUGCUAUUCUAUGUCCCUCAUCUGUUUUAAAGUGAAUUUUUAUUUAUUUUCAUCCUGAAGAGUUGAAGUAAUACCAAAUGUUAGAGUAUUUGUCAUGGAUACAUUUCAAAACGAUUAGUGUUAAAUAAGGAGAUGGUAGACUAAUUUUGUACGUGUGUGCGCUUGUUGAAAACUUUGCCAAUUUCGGUGCCAGCCACUUUCAUUAUCCAUAAUAACUUUGUAAAUGUGAUUCAAUAUUCUGUUGAUAAUAUUGAAAUAAAAUGAACGUUCAAUUAGUCUUACCAAUUUUGUAUAUAUUCUGGGAAAUUGACCACCAGUUUACCUGUAGUACUUGUUCGUCUAUUUAAACUAGGGAUGCAUUCCUGGAAGUGUGUAUUGUACUACUUUAUGUUAAAUCCCCAUGAAACAAACUCUCUUCUACUUGAUGAGAGGAUAUGUUCCAGAGCUAAUUAUACCCUUAAAAUUCUCAUUGAUUCAAACUUAAAAUGGUAAGAAUUAACAUUAAAAUAUCGUCACUUUUUUCUAGCAGGCUUUUCAUUUAUUGCCUUGGCUAUCAGUGAAGGUGGCUUUAAUUUUCUCUGCAUUUCUUUUAAAUUAUAUGAAUAAUUCACUUGUUCACUUUAAAAGCACGACCAAGUACUGUCACUGACUCCCAACUUAAUUCAUCUUUAUGAUUUUGUGCAAGACAACAUAACACAAUGGGCGAGGGGGUUUGACAACCCUACCGAGACAACAGGGGUCAAGGUGGCGGCACACUGGGCACUUUUCCUCUCAACACAGUCUGGCCACCAAAACAGACAUUUUCGUCACACUGAGAAUUCCUGUUGUGGUUCUGGGGCGAUGUUCCUUCCACUUUGUCUUUCUUCAGGGGUUUUUGCUGAAGUGCUCAUGUCUGUGGUCCCACAGAAUAGGGUAAUCCCUAGAGCUCUCCAUUAAUUGGUGCUGCUCUCCACAACUCUACAUAACCUUCCUAGAAGACAAAGUGGCAGUGGCUGGCUGGUCAAAGAAGACCCUGAAUAAUGAUUUAAUAAUACUACAGAGGUUUUAAAGUAAUGAAUAAAUAGAAACGUGUCACUUUUAUGUGAUAUAUUUCAAAUUAAUAUCGUUUCAUGAUUUACAUAUUUCAAUUUUUACAUAAGUAUUCAGCAAUAAUCCGGCCAGCAAAGGUCAUCGCUGGAAUCCUGCCGCUUGCUGGGCCGUCAGGUCAGUGGUCUGUGAAAACAGCCAACAUGUUGGGAGGAAAGUGGCCAGUGUGCCACCGCCUUUACAGUGUUCAUUUUUAUAUUCAUAGGGCCCUUCUGUAAAGAUACCUAUUGGGGUGAGUGUACUGUACCUGUAAAUGUGUACCUAACAUUACUUUUGAGGGAGAUAAAGGUAGUCAAGUAUAAUACUGGCUGUUCUUGUGUACUGAAAGCUCGUUAGGAACGGUAUACACCGUUCCUAAUGAGCCUUUAGGAACAACAUUCACCUUCACUGUACAUUAUUUUAUGUAUCUUAUAUAAAGGAGAACUGCCUUUAAAACCAUAUCUGAAAACAUUUGUUGAUUUUCCAUAAACAUUACAGUAAUGUACUAGUGCUAACUGCUUUUGAUUCAGACUGGGCUUUGGUUAAUUUGUCCACCACAAUGUAAUGCAAACUUCUUAGUUAUAAUUUGUUACAUUUGUACAUAAUAUAAAUCGAGAAAUACUAGAUUUUUUUUCAAUGUAGUAAAAUCAUGGUUAGGAGAGUACAAAGAAUCAUGAAAUUUGGCAAUGUUUAAUAUUCAUCUUUGUUGGAAAAUAUUAUUGCUGCGUGAGUGAAUGGUGUAAGUAUUUUUGUACAAUUGUUAAAUAUAAUUAUGUGAGUAAUUAA